CCCAGAUGCUAACACAAGUUUUAACCAUUCCUGACACGUUGAAGUGAUAGAAUUAGCGUUUCUCACUCAUGGUUUGCUUGCUUGUUCUCCCACCAAGAAAAAGGAAAAGGGGAAAAAAGAAACUCUGGUUGUUAAUGACACGCCUAUAAAAAGCAAUGCUUACGUCGAUUAACCGAGUUUAGCCAAACUAAUUGAUCGACGAGGGUGGGAGGUAAUCUAAGCUUGGGCUUUGUGGCCGUCGUCGGAGAGGAAUUACAGAAUGGGAGACCAUGCCGGCGGCGAGCCGCCGGAGCAGGAGCCGCCGUCGGUGGAGGCGGCGUUCGCGUGGCAGCCGACCCCGCCGUGGUGGCGGCCGGUGACGGCGCGGUCGGUGGCGGCGAGCGCCGUGCUGGGCACCGUGUUCAGCUUCAUGGCGAUGCGGACCGGGCUGACCGCCGGCGUGGUGCCGUCGUUCAACAUGUCGGCGAGCCUGCUGAGCUUCUUCGCCAUCAAGUCGUGGACGCGGCUGAUGGCGCGCUGCGGCGUCGCCUCCCCGGCCUUCACCAGGCAGGAGAACGUCGUCGUCCAGACCUGCAUCAUCUCCUGCUCCACGCUCGCCAUCUACGGUGGUUUCACGAGCUACCUGCUGGCGAUGAACCGGACGGUGGCCAAGUCGGCCGGCGGAGUAACCGACGGCCAGAACGUGUACACGUUGCACUUCGGGAAGAUCGUGGCCUUCCUCUUCCUCGUCGGCUUCUCCAGCUUGCUCUGCACUCUCCCGCUGAGGAAGAUCAUGAUAGUGGACUACAAGCUGACGUACCCGUCUGGCUCGGCCAUUGCUGGCAUCGUCAACAGCUUCCACACACCUAAGGGUGCAGCAACAGCAAAAUUGCAGGUGAAUGCUCUGUUCAAGUCCAUGGCCGGGAGCUUCAUGUGGGCGUUCUUCCAGUGGUUCUACACGGGAGGAGACGGGUGCGGGUUCCAGGCUUUCCCCCUGUUUGGGCUCGACGCGUACAAGGAGAAGUUCUUCUUCGACUUCUCGGCGAGCCUCGUCGGCGUCGGCAUGAUCUGCCCUCACCUCAUAAACUUCUCCAUGCUUCUUGGGUCCGUCUCCUCCUGCCUGCUCAUCUGGCCGGCGAUACAGACCAAGCAAGGGGAAUGGUACACCGAUCCCUCUCCGACCAGCUUCAAGGGAAUCAAUGGAUACAAGGUGCCCAUGGGGAUUGCCAUGGUGCUCGGGGAUUGCUUGUUCCAGCUGGGCGCGAUCAGCAUCAGGGCGGCGCAGCACUACCGCAAGGGGUGGCAGGGGCAGGGGCAGAGGCUCGCCGUGGGUGGCGCGGCGGACGGCGGCGACGGCGAGGAGCAGCAGUGGCAGGCCAAGUAUGACGAGCGGCGGAGGAACCACGUCUUCCUGAACGACGGGAUCCCCGACCACUUCGCGGUGGCCGGGUACGUCGCCCUGGCGGCGCUCUCGAUGGCACUGGUGCCGCGGAUCUUCCCGCAGAUACGGUACCAGCACGUCGCCGUCGUCUACGCGGUGGCGCCGCUCCUGGCGUUCUGCAACUCGUACGCCACGGGGCUGAUGGACUGGUCGCUGGCGACGGUGUACGGGAAGCUCGCCCUCUUCUUCGUCGGCGCGUGGGUCGGGGCGGCGGCGGGCGGCGUGAUCGCCGGGCUCGCCGCGUGCGGCAUCAUGCUGCUGAUCAUCGGCAACGCCGCCGAGCUGAUGCACGACUUCAAGACGGGCUACCUGACGCUGACCUCGCCGGUGUCCAUGUUCGCGAGCCAGGCCAUCGGCACGGCGCUCGGCUGCGUCAUCAACCCUGGCGUGUUCCUCACGUUCCAGCGGCUCGUCGGCGCGGACCACCUGGGCGAGGCCGGCGCGCUGUUCUCGGCGCCCAUGGCCAUGGUCUACCGGGGCCUCGCCGUGCUCAGCGUGGACGGCCUCGACACGCUGCCGAAGCACGCCGCGGCGCUCUGCGGCGCCUGCUUCGCCGUGGGGGUGUGCCUGGACGCGGCGGCGGCGGCGGCGAGGGCGAGGCGGUGGAGGGCGGGCGGGUGGGUGCCGAACCCGAUGGCCAUGGCGAUCCCCUUCUUCAUCGGGCCGACGUUCGCGGUGGACAUGUGCGUGGGCAGCCUGGUGCUGAUGGCGUGGAGGAGGGCGGACAGGCAGGGCGCGAGCACCCUGGCGGUGGUGGUGGCGUCGGGGCUCAUCUGCGGCGACGGCCUCUGGGCGCUGCCGUCGUCGGUGCUCGCCAUGCUCAAGGUACAGCCGCCCAUCUGCAUGAAGUUCCUGUCCAGCUACCAGAGCCAGCAGAUGCGGGACCACUUCGUCGCCGCCACCUCGCGAUGACGCCGAAAACGGAAGAAGUUUUUUUAGAAGACGGGUGUAUAUACACUUUCAUACUUCCAUGUCAUCUAAAUA